ACCGGCACCAGCACUACUACCCCCCAAUGACGCCGUAUCGGUCCUCGUCCUCGUCGGCUUCGUUCAAAGGCUGCUGCUGCUGCCUCUUCCUGCUCUUCUCCUUCCUGGCGCUCCUGGUCCUGUCCAUCGUCCUGGUGAUAAUCCUGGCCGUGAAACCCAAGAAGCCGCAGUUCGAUCUCCAACAAGUAGGAGUCCAGUACAUGGGCAUCAACUCACCCAAUCCCACCACCGACCCGAACCCGGCCUCCUCUGCCUCUCUCUCCCUCAGCAUUCGCCUGCUCUUCUCCGUCGAGAACCCCAACAAGGUCGGAAUCAAGUACGGCGAGUCCAGGUUCACUGUCAUGUACCGCGGCAUCCCUUUGGGUAAGGCCUCCGUCCCCGGCUUCUUCCAGCAGGCCCACAGCGUCAGGCAGGUCGUUGCCACCAUCGCCGUCAAUCGCGCCAAUCUCAUUCAGGCCGACGCCGCCGAUUUAAUCCGCGACGCCUCCCUCAACGACCGGGUCGAGCUCCGGGUCUUGGGUGACGUCGGCGCCAAGAUCUGCGUCUUGAACAUCGAUUCUCCAGGGUGGAAGGCGACGGGGCCGAUUCGAUCACGACGUUCGAUCAAGGUUGUGAUGCAUUGCCAUCAGUUACAGGAGAGACGGAGUUAA